AUGCCGUCGCUUGAUCAAGAUGAAAAGACAAUCCGCCUUCUCAAUCUAGUAAACGAGUAUCAGGAAUUGACAACCAUCUAUCGACAGCACUACAUAAAUGGGUUCCUCAAUUUAAGUCGAGCUAAUUUCCAAAGUGAAAAGACCAAAUUUGGCAAGGACACAUGGGAUAUGAGAAAUUACGAUGCUUGUAAAAUAGUCGACAUUAUUGGUGAAUCUGGGGAGUUUAAUAUUAUUGAUAGGCGGUUGGAAACACCAAAAAGUGAGGCCGAUGUUGAUACACACAACACGGAAAUGGUACCCGACACCCAAUUGAAGAAUCGAAAGAAGCAAAAGGAGACUUCCAACUCUACGGAAAAAAGUGACAAUACUAGUUAUAAAGACCCCAUUUUACAGUUUGGAGUAUUGACACCACCACAACUCAGGACCAGUCAAGAAGAUUUCGAUCGAGCUUUGAGAUUGAGUGUUCAGAUUGUAAAUAUACAACGCAAAAUUGUGAUCUUGACAUCCGAACUAGAGAAUAUAUAG